AUGGGGUACAAUUUCUCCUAUGGAAAGCUGCCAGAGAGAGACAACAGCAGCUCGGCCAACGCCAGCUCCGCGGCCGCCGCCCACGACCAGUUCACCACCAUCGUGCUGCCGCUGCUCUACCUCCUCAUCUUCCUGGCCAGCCUGCUGCUCAACGGCCUGGCCGUCUGGAUCUUCUUCCACAUCAGGAACAAGACCAGCUUCAUCCUGUACCUGAAGAACAUCGUGGUGGCGGACCUGCUGAUGACGCUGACGUUCCCGCUGAAGAUGCUGCGGGACGCGCGGCUGGGCCCGCGGGCGCUGAGCGCGCCGCUCUGCCGCUACGGCGCCGUGCUCUUCUCCGCCAACAUGUACACCACCAUCGUCUUCCUGGGGCUCAUCAGCGUCGACCGCUACCUCAAGGUGGUGAAGCCCUUCGGGGACUCGCGGAUGUACAGCAUCACCUUCACCAAGGUGCUGUCGGGCUGCGUGUGGGCGGCGAUGGCGCUGCUGGCGCUGCCCGGGCUGGUGCUGAGCGGAGCGCUGCCCGCCCGCCGCAGCGGGGACGACUGCCUGCGCCUGAGAUCCCCGCUGGGCGCCCGCUGGCACUCGGCCGUGCUCUACAUCAACACCUGCACCUUCGUGGUGGUGCUGGUGGUGCUGAUCGGCUGCUACAUCGCCAUCUCCAGGUACAUCUACAGGUCCAGCAAGCAGUUCAUCAGCUCCUCCAGCCGCAAGCGCAAGCACAACCAGAGCAUCAGGGUGGUGGUGGCCGUGUUUUUCACCUGCUUCCUGCCCUACCACCUGUGCCGGAUACCCUUCACUUUCAGCCACCUGGACAAGAUCUUAGACGACUCCGCACAUAAAAUCCUGUAUUACUGUAAGGAGAUGACGCUGUUCCUGUCCGCCUGCAACGUCUGCCUGGACCCGAUCAUUUAUUUCUUCAUGUGCCGCUCGUUCUCGCGCAGGCUGUUCAGGAAGUCCAACAUGAGAACCAGGAGCGAGAGCAUCAGGUCCCUGCAGAGCGUCAGGAGGUCGGAGGUGCGCAUCUACCACGAGUACACCGACGUCUGAGGCACGGAGCCCCUGCUGGCCCUGGCAGGGCGUGCGCAUCCUGUAAAUAAAAUGUCUCUGUAGGGAUCUGAGCCCGGAGCUCAUUAGGGAUGCACAGACACGCUGGGUUUGUGCCAGCUCGCCCACAGCUCAGGUCCCAUGCCCAGGCACCAGGCUCACUCUGGGCUGGGGGCUGCUCGGGUGGGUGG